AUGACUGAUGUGCACUUGUGGAAAGCGGAAGAAAAUGGGAAAAUUAAGUCAAUUGCAAUUUGGAACGUUAUUCGGGAAAGAGGUCAAAUUGUAAGUCGGGCUUCACUUGUGUGGUCCUCAAAAAUCAUUCUAAGACACCAGUUUAUUCUUUGGUUGGCUUUCCGUGGUAGACUUAGUACCCGUGAUCGUAUUCUUGCUUAUAUGGAUAUUCCGGAUGCCAAUUGUGUUCUUUGUAGUGGGUUUGCGGAGUCCAUUGAUCAUCUUUUGGCCAUGGGAAUUGUGAGCUUGUCGGGGUCUUGGGAGGAUAUAAAAGUUGUUGCCCAAGUCUUAUCUAAAGGUAGUAAAUUUCAUGUUAACGUCUUUAAGUGUGAGUUUGCUGCCAUCGUUUAUCAUUUGUGGGCUGAGAGAAAUACUAGAGUCUUUGGUAGAGUUCGUCGAAACGUUGAUCAUGUGUGGAACGACAUUGUAUUUGAUUGUGGUGCGCUAAUUAGAACGUGGAGAUGGGUUCCUAAAGGCGAGCGGGAAUGGGUCCUUUGUCACGAAUGGAAAGUCAAUUAUGAUGAAGUCACAUCUUUUAAAUGUUUUAAGGUUAACUAG